AUGGAUUUGUGCUUAACUUUUAACUGCAAUGGAAAGGUGAACGGUAACGAUUGGGAGUUAAGCAAGGAGAGUUUAUUUCUACGUGGAGAAGUAAAUAAUGUUCUCUACCCACAAGAUGAAUAUCCAUUGUCCAAUGUGGAUGUCCAACUGUUCAAUUUUACUAUACCUUCUUCAACAGCUGUAUUAGAUUUAAAACAUUAUGUGAAAUGCAUGGCCAUGCAAUUAAAAAUACUCAAUAGGCAUGAAACUUAUAAUCAUGUUUUAAAUUCUAAAGAGGAUAACAUAAAUUUUUAUUACGUAAGGCGAACUGUAUGUGAAUUCAUUUCAUACAUUAGAAUGUAUUUGAACAGUAUUAAGUGGGAUCUUCAAUGCUUACAAAUUAUAAAUGAAGAUAUUGAAGAAGAAUUUAAUUCAUUAUUCAUUACCGUAAAAAAAUUUCUCUGCAGACUACAAAAUAUACCAGAUGCCACGUUUCAUUAUGCACCUUCUAAAUUAGGCAAUCAGUGUAAACAACCGGAAUAUCACAUGUAUCAUAUGCACUUAGAAUUACGAUGGCUUUUUAUUUCGUUAGUUUAUACACGCAGUAUAUGUUAUCAGUAUUCAAUGGAGACUCAAUUAGACGAAUUUGAAAACAUUCAGGGAAUAAUAAUCAACGAUCUUAUUUAUAUUUCAUUGAAGAUAUUUGAAACGAUGCCUUUAUCGAGUUUACAACAGAAAACUCCAUACAAUUGUACUUGCAUUCGUGAAUUGUGGCUCAUACUUCAAGUAUUUAUCGAUAAUUUGUCAGAACGAAUGAAAUCAAAGACUUUUUGGGACUAUGUGAACGAGAGUGUUAAUGGAUUAUUAAAUAGGAAUGUAUCCGAUACUAAGCAAGAAUCUUGGAAUUGUAGCUUACCACCUUGUAAAAAUUCUGAAUUGUUUUGCCUCUGGCUUCUUUACAAUCUUGUGCUUUUAUAUGGGUACAAUAUGGAUGGUAUAUAUAUAGGUGCUAAAUGUUCAAGGAUUAGGCCUAAUUACGAGCAGCUUGAAAAAAUUUUGAAAACGUAUAUCUCUAAGGGUGGAAAAGAUGGCGAAAGAGAUGAAAUUGAUGAAGAAUUACGCAUAAUGAUACCAUUGUUAAAUAAUAUUGUAACAAAUUGGUGGCAACCACGAGUUUCGAUAAUUUCUUUACUUUGGGAUUGCUUUCAUAAAAGAUUAGAUGAACCAUUUUUAUUACAAACAUCUGGUCCUUGGACUUUAUCGGUUGAAAAGAAGACAGCAAUGGAUAUUCUUAAACAAGUAAGAGAUAGAAUUAAUAACACGGAAUGUGUUAAAGAGUCUAGUUAUGGAAUGUUUUUACGUUUGCUUGGAUCCUUCUUGCAAAUAAAUUAUGGUAACAAUGAUACAAGGUAUUGGAACCAAAUUAAAGGGCGUAUCUAUUCAAAAUUUUCUAAGAGCAAAGUACAAGUAUUUUCCUUAACUGGGUUGUAUAAUUUCAUUUCAUUGUUUUUAACAUUAGCUGUUACCGGAGAUACCACAAACGUAUGUUCAGUAAUGCUAGAUCUUUUACCACUGACAAAAGAAUACAAUAGUGAAAAUAGUAAAAAGUAUAUUUUAAUUUGGAAAGGCAAAUUGGCUAUUCUUCUUUUAUACAAUGAUCUUAGACUUAAUUUCGGAAACAUAGCAUCUUCCUAUAUAGAUACGGUGAAUGCAAUAAGUUGCCGUAAAGAUGAUACCUCUCGUUCGAUGAUGGUCCAUUUUGUUGAUGUGUUUAGUACAAUUAUGUCAUCUAGUACAAUGGAAUUAGGAGAAUAUCAACUGCUCGACGGCUGGAUAGAUCGGUAUUUACUGGAAUGUCCGACUAAAAUGGUCGGAACAAUAACAAAGGUGCUAGUUAACAUCUUCGAAAAAUGUAUUUCACUUGCUCCAAGUUGCCCUAAUUCAGGUAUAAAUGGCAUAGAAAAAAUGUUAGAUGCGUUAUGGUGUUAUGUUGCAUGUAGAGUACGUCAACUUAUUUUUGACCCCAUAAUGACCGGUGAUUAUUAUCGGGAUGUCUCGAAACUUGCUGCUGCAUUUACUUUGGAAGCAUUGAGGAAUCCAGUAACAGCAAAGAAGCAUAGCCACUCGGCCACGUCUUUAUUUCAACAUUUUUCCUCGUCUGUAAUUGUAAAAGACAUCAGAAUCACAAGAUGUUUCUUGGUAUUAAUACUCGAGCAGAAACAAGCAGUUCAAGCUCUACAAAAAGAAAUAAAAAAUUUUAAUACAAUAGUCAUACAGGCAUGGAUAAAAUGUUCUAUAAUUGGAUACAAUACAAAUGGUGAUGAAAUAAAAAUCAUACAGAAUUAUAUAUUACAAUUGGAUGAGGUACAACAAAUAUUCGUGACACCUCGCGAUAUUCAAGAAUUUCAAGAUAGCAAUGAAUCCAUUUUAGUAUUUAUAAUGCAUUCUAUGAAGAAACGAAAUACUUUGAAGACUGAACAAGAACGAAUGCAACACGACGCAAAAUGGAAAUCGUACUUUAAUCAUUUAGAAAAAUGGAUUCUUACACCGAUUACAGAGGAAACUAAAGAUUCAGAAUUAGCUUUGUGGAUAUAUAGGUGCAUUGGAACGUUAAUUCUUUGUACUUCUACAAUGCUAUAUUCUAAAAACGUACCGAAUAAUAUGUUCAGAACAUUAUUAAAUAAGACUAUUCUUUCAUUGGAUCAGCCAUUCUUACAAAAUUUAGCAAGAAAAACAUUUUCCAUGAUACUUUUAGGAAUAGAGGCUCUCAAUGUUAAGAGCGAUAUAUCACUCCAAGUACUAAUACGAGAUCUCUUCGACCAAUAUGUGCCACUUCUAGUAACUUCAAUUAACAAUACGAAUAAUUUUAAAGUAUCCGAUUCAUUACUGAAAUGUUUUAGAGAUGCAAAGGCAGAUUUUUUACGUUUGGUAUUCGAGAUACUGAUGACAAAUUUUGUUACCAUUUCAAGUGACAACAUGAUGCACAAACACUUCCAUUUAGUAAUAAUAUUUUUACAAAGUCUACUCAAAGGUGAAAAGAAUUAUGCACGUCAUGUAACGGAAUAUAUUAUUUCAAUUUGUACACCUUAUAUUGUUGGAAGCUAUAUCAAAGUUCACGAUCAUCGUCCACAUAAACAACACAUCAUAGACUUCAUCACUAAUGUUAUUAGGAAUUCAUAUUAUAAAGAAGACCAUAUAUUACAGGAAACGUUUAAUAAUGUAAUAUGCAAUACCGUCCAAAAAUCAUUAACAACGAAUCAACAUAAUACUUUCGAAUUUUUGCGGUCAGUUUUAUCGAUAAAGACCGAAAUAAUAGAAUAUUUAUUGCCCCACAUUGAACAUACCGUAAUUAACCUUGAGAAGAAUCGACGUCCAAACGCGGCAUCUUUAAGAUAUUCCUGGAAUCAACUUCAGAUUGCUAUGACAAACAUAAAAGAGAAUCGAUUGUAAGGUUUAACAAAAUUUAUUAACAAAUAGUGAACAGUAUCGAAAUGAUACUUUGUUAUUAUGCUAAAAAUUCAUUACGCAU